UAUUUCCACAUAUGAAUGAGGCCUGAAACCGAUCGGAGAAUAUCGGAAUCCAUGUGAUUUUUUCCUGCUUACACGGUCGUGGUCAGGGCUGGACUGGUAAUCUGGCAUACCGGGCAUUUUCCCGGUGGGCCGACGCACUGAAGGGGCCGACAGAUUUUUUUUUUUUUUGCCAAGGACCAUCACGAGCAGCCAGUGGCCCAUUGGUUUGUCUCCUGUAUUGACAGCGUAAACCACCCAAUCACAAUGCGCUAUAGACGGAGUCAUGAAGUGUUUUGCUCCGCCUAUAAAGAACGCUUCACCCCCAACUUCUGCCUCGUCGGCUUUUCCCACGUUUUCACAGCAGCUUUAUCAAGAACAGGCUUGCUCUGCGGUGAGUGAUGCGGCGUAAAGAGCCGUGCAGGAGGAGGAGAGAAGAGGAGAGCAGUUGAAUCGAACCAGGUUGAGAAGAUGCAGAGAACAACCACGCAGAAAAUCCAGGAGAGACAGAAGACAAUAGAGGAGCUGAAACAGGUUGUGAACACACUGAAGCACUCUGCUCAGACAGCAGUGGAGCACAAUGAGAAGAUCUUCACUGAGCUCAUCCUCUCUAUUAAGAAAAGACAGCAUGAGGUGACACAGCUGAUCAGAGAUCAGGAGAGGACUGAAGUGAGUCGAGCUGAAGGACUCCUGGAGCAGCUGGAACAGGAGAUCUCUGAUCUCCAGAGGAGAGACACAGAGCUGGAUCAACAUUCACACACAGAGCAACAUUUUCCUUUCAAGAAUCUCUCUGUUUCUUCUGAAUCUGAGGAGUCAUACAGUAUGACUGUUGAUCAUAUUCUGUUUGAUGGACUGAGGAAAUCUCUCUCUGAUCUAAAACAACAUUUUGAAGAUCUUUAUCAGGAGGAGAUCAGUAAUAUCUUCUCUGUUGUGGCAAGAAUUCAGAUUUUACCAUUAACCAGGAAUCACUUUAAACAUUAUUUUUGCAGCUUUACUCUUGAUCCCAACACAGUGAUUGAACACCUCGUCCUCUCUGAGAACAACAGACAGAUGACACACACUGGGCAUUUAGGGAUUUAUAAGUUCCCCUGCAAGGUGUUUUGUAAGGAGAGUGUGUUUGGACGCUGCUAUUGGGAGGUGGAGUGGAACGGGAGAUGUGUGCACAUAUCAGUCUCAUAUAAAGAAAUUAGUGGCACAGGAAAGGGAUUAGUCGGUAUGUUUGGAAACAACAACACAUCUUGGAGUCUGCAGUGUUUUCCCAAGCCUGUUUUCUGGCAUAAGAGCAUUAAAACUGAGAUCUCAAGGCCUCUAUCCUCUAGGGUGGGUGUGUUUGUGGACUACAAAGCAGGAACUCUGUCUUUCUACAGCGUCUCUGAUACAGUAACCCUCUUACACAGUGUCCAAACCACAUUCACUCAACCCCUUUAUCCUGGGUUUUGGUUCAGUGCAUCAGGUUCUGGAGAUCUGCUCAAUCUAGACGACUCUGGGUCAAACACUAAUGUGUUCUCCUCAGUGAAACUGUGUGAUCCCCUUAUCUAAAAGAAGCAUUAGAGUAUAUAAACAUUAAUAUACACAAUGUUAUCACAUAUUUAAAAAAAAAAAACUGUACAAGUAGUAUGACAGGAAUUAUUAUAUUUGAAAAUGAAAAUAUGUUUGUGUUUGUAAAAUAUGUUUGUGUUUGUUUUUUCCCCCUCUAAACUGAAAAAGUUUUUUUUCCCCUUUCUGUUGACCUAUGGAAGAAUUCAGGAGAAUCUCAGCUGAGCAAUAAAACAAGACAGCCCUAAUAAAGUGAAAUGUUUGCUACUUAUAAUUAAGCUACUGUUGGACAGACAUUAUUAGCAUGCUUUGAGAGGUUAGUUAUGCACCAUAUCAAAUCAAAUCUCCCCAACACACUUGACCCGCUACAGUUUGCAUACCGUCCAAACCGCACCACGGACGAUACCAUUUCCUCCACCCUCCACCUGGCUCUUACCCACUUAGAAAACAAAGACUCUUAUGUUAGAAUGCUGUUCAUCGACUUCAGCUCAGCAUUCAACACAAUAAUCCCACAACAGCUCAUCAACAAACUAAACCUGCUGGGCCUAAAUGCCUCCCUCUGUAAUUGGAUCCUGGACUUUCUAACCGGAAGACCUACAAGGCUGUGUGCUCAGCCCGCUGCUCUUCACGCUGCUGACCCACGACUGCACUGCCAAGUUCAGCUCCGACCACAUCAUCAAGUUUACUGAUGACACAACUGUGGUAGGUCUCAUCAGCAAAAAUGAUGAAACACCCUACAGAGAGGAAGUGGCACAACUGGUUGAAUGGUGUAGUGCAAACAACCUGUCCCUCAAUGUGAGUAAGACAAAGGAGGUUGUGAUGGACUUCAGGAGGAACUCUGUUGACCACCCCCCACUGACCAUCGACAGCUCGACUGUGGAGAGAGUCAGCAGCACUAAAUUCCUGGGGGUGCACAUAACAGAAGACCUCACCUGGACCACCAACACUACAUCACUCUCCAAGAAGGCGCAACGGCGGCUCCACUUCCUGCGCCGACUUAAAAGAGCAAGUCUCCCUCCACCCAUCCUCACCACAUUCUAUAGGGGAACAAUUGAGAGUGUGCUGACCAGCUGCAUCACUGUCUGGUACAGAAACUGCAGUGCUGCUGACCGCAAGAACCUACAGCUGUCAGUGAACACAGCUGCAAAGAUCAUCGGUGCCCCUCUCCCCUCCAUCCUGGACAUUUUCCUUGCACAAUGCUCCAGUAAAGCUACCAGUAUCGUGAAAGACCCCACCCAUCCCUCCCACAGUCUCUUCCAGCU